CAGGAUAAUGUCUCGAUGGCCCGACUGCUGCUGAAGCUAACCUAAGCUAAGCUAAGCUAGCUAGCUAGCUAGCUUGUUUGCUUCUAAUUUGUUGGUUGUUGUGACAGGAUGAUUUUUGGGGAAGAUGAUGUUGCAGGGAAAUUGGGCGAGAAUAAGGUUUUAUGUAGUGAUGAUGAUUUGAAUGAAGCACAAGUCUGCCGUCGUCGUCGUCCGAUGAAGGCUGUCAAGAACAUAAUUGAGCAUAGAUCUUCUUCUUCAUCAAAUACUAUUAAUGAUGAGAUGAUGAAGAAGAGAUCAGUGGGAAGGCUGCGGUGGACACCUCUUCUCCACACCUCAUUUCUUCGUGCCAUCCAACGAUUAGGUGGCCAAGAACGGGCCACUCCGAAGGCAGUGCUGAAGCUGAUGAAUGUCAAAGGGAUCAGCACUACCCAUGUCAAAAGUCACCUCCAGAUGUAUCGUGCAAAGACGCUCCAGGGUCGACAGGGUAAAGUGACUCCUCAAGUGAGCAGCUCUCAUCAUCAUCAAUGGCGACCAAGUUGCUUUUCAGGAAACAAUACGAGAAGCUGUCCUCACAAAGACAACCCUAAAUUUCAUCAUCAGCAGCUGAGAUUCGGAAAUGGUGCCAUUGUUUUAGCAAGAGAUGAUCAGGUCAAUAUUACGAGGACAAACUUCAGACAAUCUUUUGGAGCGCCAUUAGAAAACCUUAACCCCACAAUUGAUCCAGGCCGUCCAUUAAAGACAUUAAUGGGCACGCUAUACUUGCAGAGCCAUCAUCACCUGGGGGAGAGCAGUAGAGACAGCUUCAAUGGCGAUCCUUUGGAGCUUAAUCUGACCCUCAGCUUGAUCACAUCUUACAGUAGCCAUCACACAAAAAAUCAACCCGAUUUGGAUAUUAUCAACACCAACCUUUCUCUAUAGCUCAAUAUAAUUAUAUAUCCUUCAAUUCACUCACCUGCACAAUUAAUUUUGAUUUGUCAGUUGGGUUAUCGUUUCAUCUUGUGACGAUUGAAAGUUCAAUUUUACUGUUUGGAAUAUGAA